CCGCGCGGGCGCCCACAGUUGCAGAGCGAGACGAAGACAGCAGGGAGCCUCUUCGCGCGCCUCACACGCACGUCGCACUUCACUUCGCUCAGUCUUGUGUUGGAAAAAAGAGCCCGGAACCUCAUUAGCGAUGUCUUCUGCUGCAGACGAAGGGCCGUAGCGUAGGUAGUGAGGGCUGAGAUGGGGUGUGGCACAUCCAGAGGGGUCCCGGUGCUCGAGGAGGACGGCCCCGAGGCCCACAAGGACGUACCCUCCAGCCAGCCCGAGGGGGACGACGUCGACCUCAGCAGCGUCCGCUCGACCACGCCCGACCAGAACUCGAAGCUCGUCGAUCCGCAGUCGCCCGCGCCCGUGCCCGCCCCCGCCCCCGUCCCGUCGCCGCCCGCUUCGCUGCCCAACGGCACGAGCGUCGCGUCCUCGCUCUCCAACGGGCUCUCUGACACGCCCGACCAUUCAGCGCCCACCUCAGCUGGAACAAGGGGCGUGGCCUUUGAAGUGACCAAUGACGGGGAGAAUGGCGAAUCCCUAAUCAAGAGACACCCGCCCAAGAAGUUCCAGAAGCUCGAGGAUUUGCAACAAGGACCAGCUCUCACACAGGAGCAGUUGGAGGAGAAGCAGGCCAUUGCUGAGCGCCGUCGACAGGAGAUCCUGACUCAGCGGGUCCAGAGUGCCAAGCAACGCAGCGCCAGGAGUGCAGGUCGCAUGCGCGCUCGCAAUACUGACGCCGACGAAGUGGAGACGUUCAUGAAGACGGAGGAACUGGACUGGAUCAGCCUCGUGCACACCUCCACUCUGCCGCCCGUCACCACUCGCCACCGGGCCCUCUCAUCCACCUCAUCCACCCACUUCGCCCAUGCCGCCCACGCCUACCAUGUGUCAAACACUGGAUGACGGGAUUAUUGAAAGCGCCGCUAACGUCAGCACCGAGAACGAACUGUGAAGGGAGCAGGAGACGAGGUCCCUUGGAGAGCUGUGAAGGUCAACAGGAGCCGACACCCACAAAUAAUUAUGGAAACCGUGUCUUUACGAUGAUGAUAUCCAGUUUUGCGAGAUUAGCUUUCUAUUAGUUUAAUUAGCGAGUAAGAAAAAAAAAAAGACAGCAACUUGAGCAGCAUAAAAACGAAGGCUGCCAGCAGAAGAAACAACCGUUAGGAAACAAAAUUCGAUAAUUAAAUAGGUGAUUGUCUGCUUAUCGAGAGAGUUCUUAAAGGAAAAGAUCAGAAAUGAAAACAAGGACCUUCUCGACCGACAAUCAAGAUGGUGCUUACCAGCAGAGAUUUCAUAAACGCUUAUUUCACACUAGGAAUCAUAGCAGUCCGACGAUCCAUUGAUCCAUCGAGUCGGAUCUUCUUUGCACAGCGACAUCCAUGAAACACACACAAGGGCCUUUUGAUAACUGUUCCAUUCAUCUCGAAGUAUCAAUUACCAACCAUUAUAUAUACAUGUUCAACUUGCUAUUGAUCAUAUAUAAAUGUUUCUCAAAUUACGUAUACACCUUCAGUUAAAAUGGCGUUCCCUUUAUACCCUUUUCUGUUCUUCCUGCGUGAGAAGACUUCAGCUGGCAACUGACUUCGACUUUUCAGUCUUAAAGGGCAUUCAAGUGGAAGAAGGGAGGUAGAAUCCAUCUCACAUUUGUCAUGGGAUUCUCGGGCACGGCGAAGCGGCGAGAGAAAAUCAAGGAAAAGUACGUAAAUACAUAGAUGAAUUGAAUAUUUCCUCCUCUUCACGUACGGUGCAAAUAUAGUCUAGUCUUUUUUUUUUUUGUGCGAUAAUUCUCCAAUUGUGGAUUUUGAGAAUUGUAAAGAUCCUUAACCAUCGGAGACCUGAAAUGAGCCAAGAGAAAAUGCGGACGAAGGGGAGAGGAGAUAGAAAACGGAGCGAGUAAACAGGUAACUUCUUCAGAUCUUAGCCUUAUUCUCCUUCAAAGGGUAAACCUUCUUCCCAGUAAAACAUACACGCAUGCUUAUGCUAGAUCCAAGUACAUGGAAAAGAUAAAGUACAUAACAAAAACAAAAACAACCAUGGCAAAGAACAAGAUCACAGUUCAUGAAAAAGAAAAAAAAAAUCUUCCAUCGAAUUGCCUGAAUCCUGAAGUCAUGCUAGUCCUGCUUAUCUUCAGUAACACAGUGAAGGAUAUGUUUUACCGUUUCUAACUCCUUGUACCGCCAUGAAGAAAUAAAAUAGUUACAUUUU